AUGGCGAGCAUUCGCAACAGCUCUUCUGCCGAAGAUAGGACUGCACUCCCUCCCGGAACCUUCAAAUUGAUUGGAGACGAUGGAGGGGAAAUGCAAGGCAAAAAGGUUGUCAUACUCGACCCGGUCCCGACAAAUGAUCCGAAUGAGCCUUUGAACUGGAGCACUCUACGGAAGUCGAUCAACUUUACCAUCGUUUCGGGCAUGAGCAUUAUCAUCUUUACAGCUCUCUCCAUCCAGCAGAUCUUUUGGCAACAGAUGAUUGUCGAUCUCCAUGUUAACUACAGCCAACUCACACAGUCAAUGUCCGUCAACUAUGUAGGACUAGCCAUGGGCUGCGUUCUGUUCAUCCCAUUCGCAAAGAAGUUCGGCCGACGGCCGGUCUAUAUAGCCUCUACAGCCCUGAUGCUGGUGACCUCAUUCUGGACUUCUAGGCUCACAAGCUUGACGGAGCUCUACGUCUGCAAUCUACUGCAAGGUCUGGCCGGUGCGACAAAUGAAGCUAUUGUAGAAAUCACAAUUUCAGAUCUAUUCUUUGUACACCAUCGAGGCACAAUGAACGGUGUUUAUAUGACCAUGGUUAUGAUUGGUAGCUUCUUAACGCCUAUGGCGGCGGGUGCCCAGGCCACAAGACAAGGAUGGCGCUGGUCCUACAAGACAAUGGGAAUCUUCAACGCCAUCUUCUUGGUCUUGUUCAUUUUUUUCUACGAAGAGACUAAAUAUGUCCCCGUCCUCUCAGGGCGUGAGAGUCUUACUCCCGCCGCAGACGAUGAUGAUCUCCCUGUCUCAAAAGACGACGACAUCAAAGAUCCGGUCCAGAGCGAAACUAACAUUACUCCAGUCGACGAGCCCAGUAGGAUCCACCACGAGCUUGACCUGACGAUCCCAAUGAACUCAUGGCGCAAACGCCUCGCUCUGGUGACUCCGACCCCCGAAUCAAUCUGGCCAUAUUAUUACCGCCCCUUCAAUGUCCUUGUAAUCUUCCCAGCAGUCAUGUUCACCGCCCUUCAAUAUGCCGCCGGCGUAGUCUGGCUCACGAUCACAGCAAGUGUGAUCUCCCUCGUAUUCCCCCUUCCACCAUAUAGCUUCACACCUGAGCAAAUUGGAUUUAUGAGCGUGGGCCCAUUCAUCGGAAACCUGAUUGGCUCGGUAUACGGUGGUGUGCUUGGCGACUGGUCGAUUCAGUUCUUUUCGAGGCGGAACAAAGGCUUCUAUGAGCCAGAGAUGCGUCUCUAUAUUCUUCAUCUCCCAGCCUUGACUAUGGCAGGUGGGCUUAUUAUGUUCGGAGCUACUAUUGCAAGGGGAAUGCAUUGGAUUUAUCCCAGUGUCGCUGGUGCGAUGUUUGGAUUCGGCCUUGGAGGUGUCAGCGAUGCUGUUUUGACUCUGGUUAUUGACAGCUAUCGUGAUAUUACCGGCGACGCAUUCACGGGAAUUGCAUUUGUCCGAAAUGCUGUGAGCAUUGGUAUUCCAUUUGCCAUCAAUCCAUGGAUCCAGAGGGAUGGCCUUCAGAACAUGUUCAUUGCAAGCGGAUUCAUCAGUCUGGCUGUUACGGGUCUGAUCAUCCCAAUGAUCAUCUGGGGUAAAGAAUCUCGCCGGAAAUUGGCUGGGAAGUAUUAUAGUCUGGUUGAUGCGCAGGGACAUAAUGUCUCGACCUGA